AUGCACAUCAUCGUAAACACCUUGAGCAUUGCGAUACUUAACYACACAGAACGUUUAACUGUAACUCUUCUGCGUACUGCCACAAAAGUAGCAAAUUCUUCAGUUUUUCAUCAUAAAAAAUCAGCAGCCAAAAAGAUGGCUGCUGAUAUCAAAUUCAAUAGUUCGUUAACAUCUUCCGAUCCAUACUAUAAGCCCGUUCUCAUAAUUGGACAGUUGCGUCACUUAAAUUUGUUAAAAUUUUCAAAUGUAUCGUGCAAAUUAGAUUCACGUGUCGAUGAGACUACAUUUAAGCAUGCCAUUGCUUGUUUACAUCCUUCGCCUACGGAUAAGUGUUCUCUGUAUUUGGAUUGUGCCACCGUAGCGGCUGUGCCGCUCAAAUGCUCCCGUCAUAAUACACCUUCGCGUUCGCACGCCAUUACUCGUCUAGUUCGGACGCACAUUAUGCACGCCAACGAAGAGAGUGUUGUUAUUGUGUGCGAUCGUGGUGAUUUGUUUGCUAGUGCUUGUGCUGUAGCACGGGCUUUUCCACUGUAUUCUCGAAAAACUAGUGGUGGCCAAAGUAAAUCUGAAAAUUAUUCUCAAGAUGAGGUUAUGGACAACGAUGAUAACUACGACAGUGCCAAGCCCAUAAUAAAUGUUGAAUUCAUUAUCAUUGAAAAAGAUGGACAAGUUUGCGAAGAGCCCCUAAACUCCACGGAUAUUUUAUGUAUUGAAGAGGCGGCGCGUGGUAUACGUUUAGCGGCACGUAUAGUAGAUAUGCCCUGCAAUGAAAUGAACGUAAGUCAUUUUGUGAAAGAAGCAGAAAUCAUAGCGAAAGAAUUAUGCAUAAAGCCCACUGUAAUACGUGGUGAAGAGUUGCGUGAACGCGGAUUUGGUGGAAUUUAUGGUGUUGGCAAAGCAGCCGCUGUUCCACCGGCUUUGGUUGUACUCUCCUAUGAACCAAAAGGCGCUCAGGAUACUGUUGCUUUGGUCGGCAAGGGUAUUGUUUAUGAUACAGGCGGCUUGAGCAUUAAAGGCAAGACAGCUAUGCCGGGUAUGAAGCGUGAUUGUGGCGGUGCUGCGGCUAUUUUGGGUGCCUUUUAUGCGGCCAUCAAAUGUGGCUUUAAAGAAAACUUACAUGCCGUUUUAUGUUUGGCUGAGAAUGCGGUGGGUCCGAACGCUACUCGUCCAGAUGAUGUGCACACUUUGUAUUCUGGUCGUACUGUUGAAAUUAACAACACUGAUGCUGAGGGGCGUCUCKUAUUGGCUGAUGGUGUUAGUUACGCUCACAAGGAUCUGAAAGCAAACAUCAUUCUGGAUAUGGCUACUUUAACCGGUGCUCAGGGCAUAGCAACGGGCAAACUCCAUGGUGCCAUACUCACCAACACCGAAGAAUGGGAAACGAAAGCGUUGGAAGCUGGUCGUAGAUCUGGUGAUUUAUUAGCACCAAUAAUUUACUUACCGGAGCUGCAUUUUUCGGAAUUUGCGUCAGCUAUAGCCGAUAUGAAGAACUCCGUUGCGGAUCGUAAUAACGCUCAACCGUCUUGUGCUGGGGUCUUUAUUGGCGCUCAUCUAGGUUUCGACUAUCCCGGUGUUUGGAUGCAUGUCGAUAUGGCUACUCCAGUAUCGACGGGUGAACGUGCCACCGGCUAUGGCGUAGCGCUCUUACUAACACUCUUCGGCAACUAUACAAAAUGCAGUCUGCUGCAAUCGAUUGCACCCAACGAUGCGGAACCGCCAACGAAGCGCGUUUGUCGUGAUUAGGCAGCAACAAAAAUGUUGCAAUCCCAGUAUGACUUAUUCCCGAAAAAUGAAAUACAUCACCAAGCGAAGUACGGUAGCAUGAAAC